AUGGACGAAGUGGUACGAAGGGAAGAUGAAAGUGUGGGGAGUCCCAGAGCUGGUGAUGGGUCUAACAUGGUAUCCGAUAAUGAGAUUGGCGAGUUACAACAUAGGUGUAGCAACAAUAUCAACCAAAGGAGUGUUUUAGGCCAGGAAAACGGUGGAAACGGUGGGAGUACUGGGAGUACAGCGACUAGCUCGACUCCGGAACUUACAGAGCUGGUGGUAGAGAUGCUGCGGAAUCAAACAGUUAUGUUAGAAGAGGUUAAUUCGAUGCGAAUGCAACAGCUGCGGCUCAAGGAACAAGUAGAGAGUCUCCAGCGGGAGCAGGAACGGUUUCAUGUGAGUGGUUACAAGCGGAUGGACCAAGGGUUCAAGAAGGUGGAUAAGUGUUUGACGCAAAUGGAGGGUAUGAACGAGGUUUUCAAAGAGGUUAUUGGGAUCAUUAGUGGAGAAAGGGUGCGGUUCUUGGACCAUUCGCAAGAGAACUUGCACGAGGAAGAUGCUCAUAUGGCGGCCAACUCGGAGUUGCUAGAGGACAAUGGUCGGAGGAACAACCAGGGUAUGGUUUGGAACAGUUCGAUGAGCUAUAACCACGAUAGACGUUUGUUGGAGGCUUCUGUGAAGAGGGAAGAAGAGCCGUGGCCUGCAUCAGCAUCAGCAUCUGAAUCAGCAUCUGUACCUGCAGCAGGAUCAGCUGGGCUGGCCCAGGAACACUCAGAAACAGAGCUCAGGAAUGAUAUAGCUGGAGAAGGUGGAAGUUCCCGGGGGGACUCACAGCCUCUGUCGCAAACUGAUGCUCAGGCGAGGAGGGAUUUCGUUCUGCGGUAUCGCAUGAACAGGGCAGUGAAAACGGUCAAAGACCUUGCUCGUGAAUACUACGAGGGACUACCGGGCCAGCCAUCAGUGCUAUCGCUUGAAAGACGGUUUGGAUCUACAUGGAGGAGCUCGGCGAGCGAACGGACGUUCUUCCACAAACGGUUCGUGAUCAUCCAACGAAUAGAGUCCAUUCUUCGCGACCCAGCUAAGUUUAAACUACCGCUGGAUAUUUCCCGGAGAAACGCAGUGCGUGUUGUUGAGAACAUUAGAAUUGGCAACAACACGUUCAACAACGGCUCGCCUUGUUGCAUGACGUUGGCCCAGCUUUACAUAUACUUCUCUAAAAAGAUGGAUUCGCACCACGAUUACUCACUAACGUUGAUUAACAAGGACGUCCCUAGCAUUAGAGAGAUCAAAAACAGGUUAAAGAAGUCUAUAUAG